AUGCUCAACCACAUCCUUCUAGCAGCAUGGCUCGCUCAAGCAUAUGCCUCACCUCUCAGCCCACGAGCAGCAGUAACGCCUAAAUUCAAAUCUGCCACCUACCUUGGAAAUGUCACCGACCCAGCAUUGGACCGCGACUCGUGCGGCUCCGUGCGAAUAGGAACCCGAGCUUUCUGGACAUGUCGCGACACAAUGGUCUACAAUACACAAACCGGCCAAGAUCAGCUCCCCAUCAUCGUGAGCACAGCAGGCUGGACAGACGCCGUAGCCAAUACUGGUGGGCCCGCAAUCAAAAAGACAGGCGGCACAGUCGGUGCAGCUUCGAACGGCAAAGGCCCAAUCCUGCAGAUGUACGGGAACAACGUCAACUCUCUGAAAGAGUACUUCCCCAUCGCGAGCGACAACUGCAACACCAACCACGGCUUCUGCUCCGACGGCUCGAGAUGGGCAAUCUGGCCAGACUCCCCACCCUUAGUCACAGCAUCCAGCUCCAGCAGCAUCACUGCCUACAACUGGAUCCCACGAGCGCACAUCCAAGGCCUCACACUCCUGAACCCUAGCCAAGCAUACUCCCUCUACCGCACCACCUACACAAGCACCUCCAACAAAAACACACUCCCCACCGCCACCCUCGUAGCAACCGAGUUCUGGAAAGCCGGCGAAAUCGGCUUCGGCGACUACGGCGGCGUAGUCAAGAACGGCUACGCCUACCUCUACGGCCAAAACUUCAACCACAAUGGCACUUUCAUCGCCCGCGUGCCCACCGGCUCGGUUGAGAAACGCUCCGCCUACCAAUACUAUAACGCGUCCACCUCAACCUGGUCCUCCACCCUCCCCUCCAUCAAUGACACCACCGCCGUCAUCCCCAACGCCGGCGCCGGCGGCCAGGGAACAUUCUACUACUCCAACUACUACAAAUCGUACAUAUGGCUCGGCCAAGCGGCGCUGGAGCCCGUGGCAAAUUUCUACAUCUCGACGGCGCCCGCGCCGGAGGGGCCGUGGAUUCUGCCGUACAAGCUGUGGCAGGGGCAGAACGGGAAUGGGUUUGUGGGAGCGUAUUCAUUGCAGGCGAAUCCGGCGUUGUUGCCGAGCACGGAUGCGAGUGAGAAUGCGAUCUAUUUGACGUAUACGCAGCCGUGGACCACUGGCCCGUAUGUGACGCCUUUGGUGUAUUUGACGUUGCAGUAG